AGCAGACGCACGUCUCGUGUCGAGCGUCGUUUAAGAUGUCUCUCCCCCUCAGCUUCUACAAGGCGACCAUGGGCGGCUUCGCGGCCGGCGCGGCGACCGCGCCGUCCGUCGCGCCCGCGCCCACGACGUUCACCUCGAGCGUCGUCUCCGGGUUCCAGGCGAACGCGAAGAAGGAAUUCAGCGCCGUCGCGUUCGCGACCGACCUCGCGAUCGGUGGCGUCUCCGGCUCCAUCGCGAAGACCGCGACCGCGCCCAUCGAGCGCGUCAAGCUCCUCAUCCAGACCCAGGACGCGAACCCCAAGAUCAUGUCCGGCGAGGUGGCGCGUUACACCGGCAUCGUCAACUGCUUCACGCGCGUCUCCGCGGAGCAGGGCUUCGGGUCGUUCUGGCGCGGGAACAUGGCGAACAUCGUCCGCUACUUCCCCACCCAGGCGUUCAACUUCGCGUUCAAGGACACGAUCAAGGAUUUGUUCCCGACGUACAACCCGAAGACGGACUUCUGGCCGUUCUUCGGCGUGAACAUGGCGUCCGGCGGCAUGGCCGGCGCGGGGUCUCUUCUCAUCGUGUACCCGCUCGAUUUCGCGCGUACGCGCCUCGCCGCGGACGUCGGCUCCGGCAAAGGCCGCGAGUUCACCGGGCUCGUCGACUGCCUCACGAAGGUGGCCGCGAAGUCCGGCCCGAUGUCGCUGUACCAAGGCUUCGGCGUGUCCGUGCAGGGUAUCAUCGUGUACCGCGGGUCGUACUUUGGUCUGUACGACACGGGUAAGGGCGCGCUCCUCACCAAGGACUCGUCCAUCGUCGCGAAAUUCGUCGUCGCGCAGGUCGCGACGAACGCCGCGGGCGUCCUCUCGUACCCUUUCGACACCGUCCGUCGUCGUCUCAUGAUGACGUCCGGCGGCAAGAAGCUCUACAACGGCACCAUCGACGCGUUCGUGAAGAUUUACUCCAACGAGGGCGCCGGCGCGUUUUUCAAGGGCGCCUUCUCCAACGUUCUCCGCGGCGUCGGCGGCGCGCUCGUGCUCAUCAUGUACGAUGAGAUUAAGGCGAUGAUUAACCCGUGAGCAUGACGCUGAUGACGGCGCGUGGCGAACGAGGUGGAGGAGGAACGAAACGGCGGCGGAACGUGCGUUUUGUUUUUUUUUGUGGUCAGAAGAAGCGGCGCGGCGGCGAUACCGCGAGCGACGACGACGACGUUGGAUUGAAUGAAUUUUAUUUGGGAGAAGGUUUACCUUCUCCCAUCUGGGCGGCGCGUCGCGCGAGAGAACGACGGAGAUAGCCUCGAGCUCGCGCGACGCGUCGCAAACUUAGCUCGACUUGAUACGAGAACGGCGAGUGAACGAAA